CGCUGUUUCCUCUCUUUCUCUCCCAAUCUCCCUCUCCCUCCGACAAACCUAACCGAAGAUUCUCGCCGCGUAAUCGCUUUUCGAAAUUUACUUUUUACUCCGACCCAACACAUGGCGGCGACAUCGAACGAAGAUCCGAGUCUCUCCUACAACCACCGUUCUCCUUUCCGCUUCGAGCUGAUCCACUCUAUCUCACCCACCGAUCCGCUCUACUCUUCCUCAUCAACUCCUUCCUCCACGAAUCGGCCUCACUCAAUUCCUCUGCCGCUUCCGGAUACACAUUCGCCGCAAAUUCAUGCUCACUGGGACCACUCCUUCUCCCCGAUCACUCAGAAACUCCAGAAAAGUAGAAAGAAUAAUCGUAUACAAAAUGGAUCCAUUUCGAGUUCUAACAUGCCUGGAGAAACCAUAGACAUAGCUAAAGUCAUUGUCAAACAAGAUUCUCCUCAAGACCACACUAAACGUGGAACCAAGUCAAAGGUUACUAAACACUCCAAAACUGUGAAGCCAGAAGCACAACAACUUGGUGGCCCUAAUGGAAGUAAUCACUGUCGUUAUGAUAGUUCUCUAGGUUUGUUGACAAAGAAAUUCGUCAACUUGAUCCGAGAAGCUGAGGAUGGAUCACUUGACCUUAACUACUCUGCAGAUGUUUUGGAGGUACAGAAAAGAAGGAUAUAUGAUAUUACAAAUGUCCUUGAAGGAAUUGGAUUGAUUGAGAAAACUACUAAGAACCAUAUCCGCUGGAAGGGUGCUGACAAUCUUGGACUGUUGGAACUGGGAAAUCAAAUUUCUACGCUUAAGUUAGAAGUAGAAACUAUGCAAUCUGAGGAAAGCAGAUUGGAUGACCUUAUAAGGGAAAGACAAGAAGCUCUCAGAUCCUUGGAAGAAGAUGAACAUUGUAGAAGGUACAUGUUUAUGACGGAGGAAGAAAUAACUAGCCUCCCAUGCUUUCAGAACAAGACACUACUGGCAAUUAAAGCUCCUACAGCUAGUUGCAUCGAAGUUCCAGAUCCUGAUGAGGUGAUGAGCUUUCCGCAGAGACAAUACCAGAUGGUGAUUAGGAGUAGGAUGGGACCGAUUGAUGUCUACCUUUUAAGCAAAUACAAAGGAGACAGUAUGGAAACAGAUGAGUCUGCAGUGGAUACUUCAUCCUUGAAAAUAGUAACUUCAGAUACUGAUUUAAAAACAGAUUACUGGUUCGAGUCAGGUGAAGAAGUGACUCUCACUGAUUUAUGGAACAAUUUUUGCUGA